CCGUCUUCUUCACUCGAAUUCAAUUCUCUGCGACGAACGAAUCCAGCAUUUUUCUCGCCAUUUUCUUCCUUCUUGAAUUCUCAUUUCCUUCCCUGCUCGCGUGUCUACGCUUUCUCUGUACUCUGCUCUGAUCCAGAAACGAUGUGGGUCCCAGCGUACGGCAAGACCGGCGACGUCGAGACCGGUGCUCGGCCACUCUAUCCGUUGAUGCUCGAGAACCCAGAGCUGCGGUGGGCCUUCAUUAGGAAGAUAUACUCCAUCCUCACCAUCCAGAUGCUGCUGACCAUUGCCGUUGCUACAACAGUCGUCACCGUCCGCCCUAUCUCCCACUUCUUCGUCUCGUCGGGGGUGGGGCUGGGCCUCUACAUCUUCAUCAUCAUCCUGCCGUUCAUUGUUAUCUGUCCUCUGUAUUACUAUUAUCAAUGGCAUCCUGUGAACUUCCUUCUCCUUGGUGUGUUUACGGUGUCUCUCAGCUUCGCCGUCGGGCUGACGUGCGCAUUCACCAGUGGGAAGGUUAUUUUAGAAUCUGUUAUUUUAACGACUGCGGUGGUCGUGAGUCUCACGCUCUACACAUUCUGGGCUGCUAGGAGAGGCCAUGAUUUCAACUUCCUUGGACCAUUCUUGUUUUCCGCCAUAAUAGUGCUGGUGGUGUUCUCCCUCAUCCAGAUGCUGUUCCCAAUGGGUAAACUAACAAUGAUGAUAUAUGGUGGCUUGGCGGCAAUUGUAUUCUCUGGGUACAUCAUAUAUGACACGGACAACCUGAUAAAGCGCUACUCGUAUGAUGAGUAUAUAUGGGCCGCCGUAUCUUUGUAUCUCGACAUCAUUAACCUUUUCCUGUCACUCCUCACACUCUUCAGAGCAGCUGAUAGUUGAAAGGUGUUCCGGCCCAUCAAUGGCCAUCACAACAAUGACCAUGUAAAAGGUGUUAGUUCCUGUAACCGAUCCGUAAUGUUCAAUCUUGCUUUCAGUUCUCAACGAAUUGAAUAUAUGCUUGGCUUUCUUUCAA